AUGGAGAACGGUAACAGCUUGACCAAUGGUCACUCGAACACCAACCAACUGAGUGAGCUGGCCGAUAAGUCCCUAUUCAUCAGCGACUCAUUUGUGGAUGGUGCUUGGAUAAGCACAGAGCGUCAAUUCGAUGUCUUCAAUCCGGCGACUGAUGAGAAGAUCAGCUCUGUAGCGAGUCUCGACCGAGAUGACUUCAUUAAGGCUAUCAAGAGCGCGCAUGUUGCACAGAAGAAAUAUUAUAAAUCCACAACCGCACCGGCUCGUGGUGCUUUGCUGAGGAGAUGGUAUGAACUUAUAAUGGAAAACAAGCGGGAUUUGGCAACGAUCCUGUGUCUUGAAAAUGGAAAGACAUUUGCAGAAGCCGAAGGUGAAGUUGUGUAUGCUGCAAGUUUCAUAUCUUGGUUUGCAGAUGAGUCUGCCAGAUCUUACGGUGAUACCAUUCCUUCAUCAUCACCAAACACAUUUAUAUAUACAGUAAGGCAACCAGUAGGGGUUUGCGGGAUCAUUACACCAUGGAAUUUUCCCGCCGCAAUGAUCACAAGAAAAGUCGCUCCCGCACUCGCAGCUGGCUGCUCUGUUGUCAUCAAACCACCUAGUGAGACACCGCACUCAUGUCUUGCGUUUGUCAAACUUGCAGUGCAGGCUGGCAUUCCCGCAAACUGCAUCCAAGUCUGUACGACCAAAGACCGCGAAGCAGCGACCGAGCUGGCGACAAAUCCAUUGAUUAGCAAAAUCAGUUUUACCGGUUCAACAAACGUGGGCAAGAUGUUGGCAAAACUUGCGACGGGUACGCUUAAGAAAGUCAGUUUGGAAUUAGGUGGUAAUGCGCCGUUCAUUGUGUUCGAUGAUGCGAAUUUGGAUAUCGCGGUUGAGGCAGCUAUGAUCUGUAAAUUCAGAUGUACAGGACAAACCUGCGUCACCGCCAACCGUCUCCUCGUCCAAAAAACCAUCCUCCCCAAAUUCACAGCCGCCCUCGUUGCCAAAGUGAACGCCCUAACCGUCGGCUCCGGCUUCGACACCACCGUCACCCAAGGCCCCCUCGUCAACAAAUCCGCCGUCGCAAAGAUACACGAACACGUCACAGACGCCAUCGCCAGAGGCGCAACCCUCGAAACAGGCGGCAAACCUCUCGAUCGUCCAGGCUGCUUCUUCGCGCCCACCGUCCUCUCGGGCGUCACCACAUCCAUGCUCGUCGCGAGCGAAGAAACGUUCGGGCCACUCGCCCCGAUUUUCGCAUUUGAGACUGAGGAGGAGGCGGUGCAGUUGGCGAAUGAUACGGAGUUUGGACUUGCGGGGUAUUUGUUUAGUAGGGACGCGAGCAGGGUGUAUCGUGUUGCGGAAAGAUUGGAGUGCGGGAUGAUUGGCGUUAAUACGGGGAAGAUUAGUGCGUCCGAGACCCCGUUUGGGGGGGUUAAGCAGAGUGGGUAUGGGAGGGAGGGGAGUAUGUAUGGGUUGGAGGAGUAUCAGGUUUUGAAGGCUGUUACGGUGGGGGGUUUGGAUCGGUAG